AUUUUUGUCUAAAGAUAUUCUUGUCAGCAGUUUCAUUUGCACAGCUUAUUUUGUCCAUUCCUUUGUCAUUUGAUGUUGGAGGACGUACUUGCGGAUUGGCAUAUACACUUUCACUUGAAUUGCUGUAUUUUUUUAUAUGUUUUUUUUCAAUUUUAAAAAAGAGCCCAAAAAUCAGGCCAUUUGUUCAAAUUAUUACGCUGAGUCAAUUUCUAAUGGUACCAUCAUUAAUGAUAUAUUUUCUUGAUACUAUUUCUGAAGAAUUAUUACCUUCUUCUUUUAUACGAUUUUCAACGAGUGUAUGGUUGGGUCUUUUGACACGAUCUACGCCUAUUUUUACAUUAUUGGAGGGAUUUACAUCAUUAUUAGUUAUUCAGGCACUUGGACAAUUUGUUAGAUGGGUUGUAAAUAAUUAUUCUGAUAUGUGGAUGAUUUUUCUUCUUUCAGGAUCAGGAGGGAUUUUUUCUGCCUCAUUUUAUUUUCUUUAUCAAAUAUAUACAUCACUUGUUGUAACUGUGCAAAAUGCGACGUUAAUAGGUGUUCUCUUGACAUGUGCUAUAUUUAUCUGCUUAUUUAGUAUUCAUACAGGGAGAGGAAAUGUGGUUGAAGGAUCACUUUUGUUUGCUUACUUGGUGUAUUCUGUGUAUAUGAUAUGUAGUGAUCUUCAGCCAUCUGGAGAUAUGUUGAAAGAAAAAAACAUAGGUAGGAAUGGAUCGGGUUUGCCAUUUCCUCCUAUUAUUAUGGAAAGUUAUACGACCAUUGUAUCUUCAAUUGCUUUUAAAAUACCUAAGGCAUUAUGGCGUACUGUAUUCUUUUUAAAGGCAAUUACUUCUACUAUUACACCGAGUAUUAUUACAUCACUUGUUUACCGUUUAAUUGUUCUUUAUUCUGCUACUUUUAUUGUUCCUGCUGUACGGAGUGUUUAUCGAGGUGUUGAACAUGUUCCUUCUUUAGAUGAUAAAGAGCCUACCUCACGAAUCAUGAAUAUUUUAAUAUCUUUUUCACCUUGUGUUUUAAUUGCUGUAUAUACUCAUUUGCUUUUGCAGCAUUUUUCUCUUCAUGGUCAUGAUGCAUUAAUAUUUGGUAUUCAAAUGGGAUCUGUAUUAAUAUGGCGCUGGUUAACUGCUUUUAUGGUUGUUGGAUUUUAUGCCAUAGAAAUCUUACUAGGUGAUGAAACAACUAGCGAUAUUUUGGUAUCACAUUGGAAAACAUAUUAAUCAUAUCUUUUUCAUCUCUUUAUAUCUUGUUAUAUUUAUAUAU